AGGAAGUCUAGAUAUGUUAUAUCUAUGGUUAUGUGAAUAGUGGCAAAGGUUAUGUAGUAUGUAAGUAAACAGUUCCUGUGGUUAACAAAUUUUUUAUUUUCAACAAAUGAUGAAAAAACGUUGAUAUUUUAUUAAAGUGAUAUAAGAAUUAUCACAUUUCUUGGAACAGUCUUGAUGUCUCGGCUGCGACGAGGGAGAAUGUUUAAAAUAUAGAAAUAACGUAUUUGGAUCGCAUUCUUCGUUCAUCGUUGCUGCUGAAAUAAUAUCAAGAAGAUGAAUUUUGGCGUGGAUUGGGAUGCUGAACAUCGGCGUAUUUUGCUGGAUGGAAAUGCAGCGUUGGAACGUUCGGCGCAGUCGGUCGCAAGAUCGCAGGCUGUCGCGGCGGAGAGCGAGCAGAUUGGCACAGAAGUGAUCUCCGAGUUGGGUGAACAAAGGGACCGUCUCUUGCGAGCGAAGCGGAGACUGUCACAGACAGACGAGGAAUUGAAUAAAACGAGAAAAAUUUUAAAUGUUAUGCGACUCAAGGUUUUGACGAACAAAAUUGUGCUAAUCUUGAUCAUAUUACUGGAACUAGUCAUCCUCGGUAUAAUUGUAUAUUUGAAAUUUUUUCAUAAAUAAACCACCUAUCGUUGUUAAGCUUAAAGUCGAGAGGGAAUAAUAUUGUACAUAAUAAAAAACAAUAUACAUUGAUAGUAUGUAAUUAUUGAUAGUAUGAUUAAGCAAUUUCUGAAAAAUUUAACAAAUAUAUAAACUUUAAAAUUAA